GAUUUGGCCGGCUGGAUAUGACUGUGUGCAUACUGGGCUCCCCCACCGCCUUCCUGCCCAUCUUGCUGGAGGGUGGCACCCGCUGCCCAGGUGAGUAUGACCCUGUCCCCCAGGCCUGGCACCUGACAGCCCCCCCGUUGUGUGGGGACACAGCCACUGCUCAUCCCGUGCCACCCACAGGUGCCAUGGUGCUGUGCCUGGCACCUGCCUGGGCCAGCCGCGUGCCCUCAGAGACAUCACCAGGCGCGUGGUCCCUGCUGCUCUCCAGGGGGGUCUCCUUCGAGGCAGGGGGCUGCACUGCCCUGGAAGAAUUUGUGCCUCCUCGGCGUGCUUCCUACGUCACUGGCACCUUUGGGUCCGAGGGCAGCUGGGAGGGUGAGCUGGCCCGUGACCUUGAUUGCCCCACUGGAGGCUCAGCACUGCUGGCACAUUGGCUGGAGGACCCCCUGCUCUCUCGUUGGUUGCUGUCUGCCCGCGCCGGCCUGCCUGUGCCCCCCACCCUGGCCUUCAUCACUGGGCUGUGGGAGACCCUGCCUGAGGAGCCCAAACCUCCCGGGGUGCGCCUGGUGAGGCUGCAGGACCCCCAGGGCCAGGAGAGCCUGGUGCAGGAUGAGGUGGACGCCUUCCUGGAGGGCAGCACCAUGCAGCCCUACGAUCAGGUGGCAGUGCGGCUGUCAGGAUGGCGGUGGCGUGGAACAGACCCCCACAGCACCCACAGGAAGGUGGAGGGCAAGGCAGUGGCACAGGCAGUAACAGCCCUGCUGAAGGGGCUACAGGAGGAGGAGAGUGUCCUGCUGGAAGCCCUGGUGCCCACCGCCCGCCUGCCCUCGCUGCCCCCACGCAGUGCAGCCCCGCGGCUGCCCAUGGCCCUGCGCAUCUGCACCGUCGUCUGCCGGUCCUGGGGAGACCGGCCCCAGCUCUGCCAGGUGGCCUGUACUGUGGGGCGGGCAGAGAUGCCAGUGCGGCACGGUUCAGUGCUGCCCUUGGGUCUGGACUCCAGCCUGCGGCAGUGGGGCCUGGCAGAUGCGGCACAGCGGCAGGCACUGGCAGGGCGGCUGCGGGAGGCCGCCGAGGCCACCAUGGCUGCCCUCCUGGCUGCGGAGGGUGAGCUGAGCCCUACUCAGCGUGGCGGUGCCCGUGCCCACACCGACGUCCUUGGUGUGGAUUUCCUGUUGUCGUGCGUGGAUGACACUCUGGAGCUGGUGGCCCUCUCUACCAACUGCCUGCGCUGCCUGGAGACUUGCCUGCUGUUUGAGGGCAUGGGGCAUGAUGUGGGGCAGCCUGCCGGAGACGUGUCGCGACUGCUGGCCGAGUGCCUGCUGCACCGGGCGCAGUGCCACCUAGUUGAAGGCAAGGACAUCCUGCUGAUCGGGGCUGGAGGAGCCAGCAAGAGCUUCGUCUGGGAGGCAGCACGCGAGUACGGCCUGCGGAUCCACCUGGUAGAGUCGGACCCCGAGCACUUUGCGGCUGGGCUGGUGGAGACCUUCCUGCCUUAUGACAGCCGGGAGCACCGUCGGGACGAGGAGCACGUUGAGCAUGUGCUGGAGAUGCUGCGCGCCCGCGGGCUGCGGCCCGACGCCUGCCUCUCCUACUGGGACGACUGCGUGGUGCUGACGGCGCUGCUGUGCCAGCGGCUGGGCUUGCCCGGCUGCUCUCCUGCCGCCGUGCGCCUGGCCAAGCAGAAGAGCCGUACCCACCAGCACCUGCAGCGCUGCCGCCGCGGCCGCCCGCCUCCCGCUGCCUUCGCCGUGCCCUGCUGCCGGCUGCGCAGCCACGACGACGUGGAGCGGGCGGCGGGCGCUGUGCCCUUCCCCGCCGUGGCCAAGCUGGAGUUCGGGGCAGGGGCGGUGGGCGUGCGGCUGGUGGAGAGCACCGAGCAGUGCCACGCGCACGCGGCCCAGCUGUGGUACGACCUGCGGGCCGACGCCGACCACCCGGGCAUCGGGCUGGGCUGGGGCAACGCCAUGCUGCUGAUGGAGUACGUGCCGGGCACCGAGCACGACGUCGACCUGGUGCUGUUCGAGGGCCGGCUGCUGGGCGCCUGGGUGUCAGACAACGGCCCCACGCGCCUCCCCACCUUCCUGGAGACGGCGGCCAUACUGCCCUCCUGCCUGCCCGCUGACCGGCAGGCCCAGCUGGUGCGGGCGGCCCUGCGCUGCUGCCGGGCCUGUGGGCUGCGGCACGGCGUCUUCAACGUGGAGCUGAAGCUGGGCCCUGCCGGGCCGCGCCUGCUGGAGAUCAACCCUCGCAUGGGCGGCUUCUACCUGCGCGACUGGAUCCGCGCCGUCUACGGGCCCGACCUGCUGCUGGCCGCCGUGCUGCUGGCGCUGGGCCUGCCGCCCGUGCUGCCCUCCCGGCCUUCGCCCCGCCAGCAGCUGGCGGGCAUCAUGUGCCUGGCGUCGGAGCACGGCCAGGCCCUGCGCGGUGGCGUCAUGGAGGCCCUGCAGGGCCUGCAGCGGCGCGGCCUGGUGCGCCUCAAUCCGCUCUUCGAGGAGGCGGGCGGGCGCUACGAGGAGCCCUGCCUGAGCGUGGCCUGCGCCGGGGAUGGCCCCGCCGAGGCCUGUGGGCGGCUGCUGGGGCUGUGCCAGGCGCUGGGCAUCGACUCGCCCCAGUACCCCGUCAGUCAUUUCCUCUCCCACUUCAAAUAGCCACGGCGGGGGGUGGGGAUGCAGGGCCAGGGCCGGGCUCGCAUCCCCCAGAUCCUCCCCCCGAGGCUCACGCCCCAGUCUCAACCCCCCCCCCUCUCUCGGGGUUGGGCUGUGGGUCGUGGGCCUGCAGCAACACGGCGGCCCAGCAGCACCCAGCGUGGCCCUCACCUGCAGCACGGGGGCUGCGGCGACGGGGAGAGCCUACAGUAACAGAGCAGCCCGUAAUAGCAGGCAAACGUGAGGAGCUCCUCCUAUAACCACUGAGUGGGGGGAGAUCCCACUGUAACAGGCAGACGUGAGGAAACAGUGCAGCGUGAGGGGAGCGCACAAUAAGAGAUGACCAUCGUGAGACCCCGUGACAGAGGACAAAAACUGGGAGACCCUACAAGAGCACCUGAGUGAGGGGAGACCCCACAGUGAUGGAACAGCACGGGGAGACCCCGCAGUAACAAGUGUACAGCAGAGAUCCACUGCAGAAGCAGAAGACCCUACAGUAGGACGUAGGGAGGCACCUGCGGUGAGAACUGUGCUGGGGAGUCCCUACAGUGACAAACCUGACAGUGGCAAAGCAGCGUGGGGAGAAUCUCCCCAUGUUUCACAAUCCCAGGAUGAUGCCAUGCGAUGGCACAGUGUGUCACAGCCACUGCCACCAUCAGCGGGGAAGCAGCAUCUGCUAGUGGCAGCAAGAGACCCUAUAAUAACAACAGCAACCCUACAAUGACACACGGCCCAUGUGGCCGAAACCCUACAGUAACAGCAGCCUGUGUAGUGCCUGAGGCCUUGUAACAAUAGACCACGUAUUGCCUGAGACCCUGCAGUAACAGCAGUGACCCUACAAUAACACAGCCCACGUAGUGCCUGAGACCCUGCAAUAACAACACAGACCCCACAAUAACACAGGAGUGCAGUAGCAGCCCGAGGCCCGGCUGGAGGUUCUUCUAGGGGUCGCCUCCAGUCCGACCUGUGGAAGAGGCACGAUCCCAAGCCAGGCUAGGGCAGCACCCCCAGGGCCACGUGCACCAAUAAAGAGCACCAACUCAGUGCGUCAAGGUCCGUGUUUAUUUCGGGGAGGUUCCCCUCCCAGCAAUCCCCCCGCGGGGCUCCCUGCGCCAGCGCUGACAUUUGGGGCCGACCCCUGGCCUUUGGGAGACACCCGAGCCGGAGGGGGCGUAACCCAGCAUAGGGGGCGUGGCCAAGACCGGCGCCG